UCGAGCUUCCUCCAUCAUCUCCUCCACAACCAAAACCAAAGCAAGAACACCCUUUUAGCACCAAUAUUUCUUCUUCUUCUUCUUCUCAAAUCAUACAAACACUGGAAACGAUGGAAAUGAGACAGAGAAUUCUCCUAAACACGUUGCCUCUCUUUGUGCUCUUCUUCAGCUUCGCCGACGCCAGAAUCCCCGGCGUCUACUCCGGCGGCGCCUGGCAAAGCGCCCACGCCACUUUCUACGGCGGUAACGACGCCUCCGGCACCAUGGGCGGUGCGUGCGGGUACGGCAACCUGUACAGUCAAGGCUAUGGCGUGAACACCGCGGCUCUGAGCACAGCUCUGUUCAACAAUGGCUUCAGCUGCGGAGCAUGCUUCGAGAUCAAAUGCGCCGACGACCCUCAAUGGUGCCAUUCGGGAAGCCCUUCCAUCUUCAUCACCGCCACAAAUUUCUGCCCUCCAAACUUUGCUCAGCCCAGCGACAAUGGCGGCUGGUGCAACCCUCCUCGCGCUCACUUCGACCUCGCCAUGCCCAUGUUCCUCAAGCUCGCCGAGUACCGCGCAGGAAUCGUCCCCGUCUCCUACCGCAGGGUUCCGUGUAGGAAGAGAGGAGGGAUAAGGUUCACGAUAAACGGUCACCGUUACUUCAACCUGGUGCUGAUAACGAACGUUGCGGGAGCCGGGGACAUAGUGAGAGCGAGCGUGAAGGGGUCGAAGACAGGGUGGAUGAGCAUGAGCAGGAACUGGGGGCAGAACUGGCAGUCUAACGCCGUUCUGGCUGGUCAGUCACUGUCGUUCCGUGUCACCGGCAGUGACCGUAGAUCAUCCACCUCCUGGAACAUUGUUCCCUCUCACUGGCAGUUUGGUCAAACUUUUGUCGGGAAGAAUUUCAGGGUCUGAUUUGAGAAGAUCGAGAAAGUGUGGGAACAAAGUUUAAAAAAUUGAUGAAACGGAGCCCAAGAAAGACGCCCCGUUAAUUUCGGCUUUACUUUUAUUUUGCCAAGGUAGUGGGGGGAGAGAGAGAGAGAGUUUUUUAAAGUUCGUGUCUUUUUGUCUGUUUUUCCUCUGCGGUUGACUGUGCUCUUGAGUUAUGGGGUGAAGAGCUGAAGUGGCUGUGAGAAGUUAUUGUUGAACAGCCCGCAGCUCUCUGAAUACAUGAGUUUGUAAUGCUGAUGUUUAAUACACAACUUUGUUCUUCUAAUUCA